AUUUGAAAGACUAUGGGUACAAAGGUAAGCGUCAUUGUCAACGAAAGCUUGUUUUCGAUAACACUGAAAGUUACCCCACAGAUAUUCUUGAAAGAAUCUUCAGUAAUCCAAUUUUUGCUCUGAAAUAAGAUUUAGAUUUGACCGCAGAGAAACAUGACGUUGGCUUUUUCACAAAAGGUGCUAAUACAUUCGUAUAUGCAGCUUUCUCAACCUGCAGAUAAAGUUCAGUGUAUGUACGUCUGGAUUGACGGAUCUCUCCGUAACGUCCGAGCUAAAUCCGUAACCUUUUCAACAGUAUCUAAGAAUCCCACAGAACUUCCACUGAUGGAAUUUUGUGGGUCUGCUACAGGCUUGGACGUGGGAGAUGUUGCUGACUUCUAUGCAAAGCCAAUAAAAUUUUACAGCGAUCCUUUUAGAGGUGGAAACAACAAGCUGGUAUUUUGUGAAACGUAUUCGCGAGACAAACUGCCAACAUUUGCAAACAACCGCUAUCGCUUAUUAUCAGCUGAGCGAAAUAGCCGCAAUCAUUUUAGUCAAUAUGGUUUCCAACAGUCUUUCACUCUCCUUAGGAAAGAUGGCAAACUACUGUCUUAUAUGAAUCCAGCUUAUGAUUCUGAUUCGAAGUCAGGCUUCGUCUGUGGCCGAGAGAUAGCAGAAGCAUAUUAUCGAGCCUGUUUGUAUGCUGGAGUCAGAAUCACCAGCAUGGAGCCUCUUUCUGUGAAAGGACAGUGGAAAUAUUGUAUAGGUCCCUGUUCCCGAGUAGAGUUGGCCGAUGAUGUUUGGAUGAGUCGCUUCAUACUGCUUCGCGUAGCGGAGGAUUUUGGGGUCUUGGUCAGCUUUGAGACAUCGUCAUGCACGGAACUUAGAAAUCGCAUUUCUGCAGCUCUUAUUAUCUGCACCGAAAGUAUGAUGCAGGGUGAGAAGCAACGAUUUUGUUGUAACUCCAUCGUCGCCAGGAAGCCCUGUCGUGUCAAGAUACCCGAGUGUGAGUAGCAGGAGUGCAACAACUCAACACAACUAACGGCAUUGCAGUGAGACGAGAGAUGGACGAUAGAAGCGAAAGAGAACAGUCAUGUUUUCGACCAAGACGUAUUAAUAGAUGGCGAACUUGUUAACUUCUCAAUUAUAACUCAUUUUUCAUUUGUAAAUACUCAUCACUGUAUCUCCGUCAAUAACUAA